AUGUGUUUUUAUGUUACAGAUUGAUUACCACUUCCACUACCUGGAAAUUCAAGCGAUUGAGAGCAAAAGAAACAAUCAGCUGAGCCUGACGGUUGGUGACAAGAUCUGGUCGUUCCUGACCAAUGAGGACCCAGGCAGUUCGGGAGGUGGAUGCGAUGGUGCAGGCGUUGGCCACUGCCAUCCGGAACAUCUUCCCUACAGUGCCUCUCACGCACAUUAUUCGCAAAGUGGAGGUAGUGCCGGCGAAACGUAUAGCACACCUACGAGAAUCUGAGUUCACCCGAGCAUCAGAGGUGCGUGGGUUGGGACCUUGUGAUGGCUUCUCUACGCAGUAUGCGUGUAUGUGCGACUACCACACCAUGCCAUACAGAGAGGAGGUGGCGUGGGACGUAGACACCAUCUACUUAUCUCAUGACACCAGAGAACUCUGCUUGAGAGAUUUCGAUCACCUUGAUCCCAAGGACCUAGUACCAAUAAUCAGUGCUCUCGAGUACAACACCUGGUUCACCAAGCUACGAGCUAGCCACAUCAAACUGACACAUGAAGCCCUUGACAGGAUACUGCACAUCAUGAAGAAGAAUCUCACCAUAGAGGAGCUGUACCUUGACAAUCUCGCUGUCAAGUGGGAGUUUGCGCACAAGUUGUCGUUGUCUCUCAUCGCCAACAAACAAUACUCCCCUACAUACUCUGGAUCUGAGCCAGUCACCCUGAGCACACCACUCUCCAAGGUAUCCAAGGGUCUGAUACACCUGAAACGUGUCACAAUUGCAGCCUCACCCAGCAAGGGUGUGAAACCAACUCGCACACGCUCUGUCCCUCAACAAGCUCAUGCCCCAACACCCUCACCUACCUUCAACCUCAGUGGCAACAACCUCAAGGAAGAUGUCAAU